GUUGAUAUUCUCAUGGUGACGCAGGAUGCAACCUCAUUGUUGCCGCUUUGUCAUUUGUGAAAACGACAGCACGCACUUCUCAUGAAGCCAGAGAAGAGUAUAUGGAUCAACCCCUUUUUUAGAAGUAUAAACCAAUCCGGCACUUUCGUUCUGUCUGGACGUCUGCAAUUUGUUUUUGGUGGAUGAUGUGUUGCAAUGACCAUCAACAGUCACACACCACCAGCAGCAAAAAGGAAGUGUGUCAGUCAGUCGCUCCAACCACAAGAGCACCACGGAGGACAUUCAGCAUGAUGGCCCUAUGCGUUCUAACUCUCUAUCUGAUAACAGGUAUGGCGAAGGCCAUUAAUGUAACAGCCUAUGUCGGAGGAGCCGUCUACGUCAAGUGCGAGUACGGAGGCUCUGGCUUGGGGAAAGACAAGCAAGUCUGCAAAUGGCAAGAUGCGAAACGCAUGGAGCUGAUAAGGACUCGUGAUGCAAGGGUCAAGGAGGGCAGGUUCUUCCUCAAAGACAAUGGCACGGGUUAUUUCGAAGUUGGCCUAGCCCAGCUGACCACACAGGAUGCGGGACAGUACGAGUGUGUCACGGACCCAGCAAGUAAUGCAACCACACGUAUCAACCUGGAGGUGAGAGAAGACGCUUGCUGUGGGAAAAAGGUUCAGCUGGAAGCGCCUGCUGGUGAAGACGUGAACAUCUCCUGCCCUUAUUUGGAUGCACAUGCACAAGGCACCAAGUUCUUCUGCAAGACGUUUGGUAUGCAUGACUGCCGCUACUUAAAGGUGGUUCAAUCUGAUCGAAUAUGGGAGCCCAUACUACGUGAUUUCUCUGUAUAUGAUGAUCGAGAGGCGAAAGUCCUCACUGUGACGGUGAAGAACUUCAGAAAAGUUCUUGCUGGUUCGUUCAGGUGUGGAGUAGAAAUGAGCUGGGACUCAAAUGGAUACAAAGUGGUUUUUAAUCAUGUUCAGCUCACACUGAAAGCAAGGCAACCAAAACCAACGCCAUCACCAACACCAUCACCAUCACCAACACCAACAACAACACCACCUCCGUCAACAUCUUCAUCUGCAAAACAACCAAAGCCAACACCAUCACCAACACCAACAGCAACACCACCUCCAUCAACAUCUUCAUCUGAUCUGGUCAGAGUCAUUGACAAGAAAUGCAAGCAGUCAGACGUGGAGUGCAAACUGGAUUUUCUGAACGAACUGGAACAAAAUUCAUCCGUGUCCACCCUGCUGCCAAAGGAGGUGUCCAGUCUGCUGGACAGUUUGCUGGAGGCUCCCCGAGAGAGUCUGGCCUCGAGGGGAGAGGACGUGCUCCAGUCCACUGAGAAGCUGGUGUCCAGACUGGUGGAGCCCACUCACACUCAGUCCCGCAGAAACCUCAGCACCAACACCACAAAGGUGGAGGUUCUGAGUGUCGGGCUCGCCACCACCCUGAAAGGAGUCUCUCAGCUGGACACUGCUAACGUCCGUCUGGAUAUCGACCUCCUCGGAAUCGCUGGGAACAACAAUGGUUCGGCAUCUGUUGUCCUUAUGGUCUACAAGAGUAUGAGGGAGGUUCUCAAUGCCAGCUUCUUCAGCACGGGACCCAGUGAAACAGCACACAUGAUGUCUAAUGUGAUCUCUGUCAUCCUUCCCAAUACACUUAACAAAACUCUACUAAUUCCAGUUAACCUCACCAUACAACAUCUCAAGCCCACCCACCCUACAGAAAAGCCCUCCUGCGUGUACUGGAACGUCAGUGCCUGGAUCGAGGACGGCUGCCACGUCAGUGAGACCAACCCCACACACACAGUCUGCUCCUGUGACCACCUCUCCACCUUCGCCCUGAUCAUGACAGUUGAUCACACACAGGAGAGUGAUCCAAUCUUGGACAUUCUGAACACCAUCUUGGUGCUGAUCGGCCUGGUGUUCCUGACCCUGGCCGUGAUGACCUUUGCCCUCUGUCGCUGGAACCCCAGGGUGUCCAACGUGUCUCGUCUCAACCUCUGUGUGUGUCUGCUGCUGGCUCAUCCCCUCUUCCUGCUCACCCAGAGCUUCCACCACCUCAUCUGGCCACAUGAGGUGUUGUGUAAGCUGUUGGCGGGAGUCCUGCAUUUCCUCUUCCUGUGCUGUUUCAUGUGGAUGUCCAUAGAGGCCGCGCUGCUCUUCCUGUCUGUACGGAAGCUCAGGCAGGUCAAACCUAACGAGCGGGCAGGUCUACAUUGGAAGCUCAGCGUCCUGAUUGGCUAUGGGAUCCCACUGGUCAUAGUGAGUGUGUCAGCUGGAGUAAGACCUGAUGGAUAUGGCAGUGAGGAAUGCUGGCUCAAGACAGAGAAUGGGUUCAACUGGAGUUUUCUCGGUCUCGUAUGCUUUAUCAUUGUCGCAAACAUCAUACUCUUCCUCACCAUCAUCAUCACUAUCCACUCCACCCUGAAGGAGGCACGCAGUGACGUGUCAAAGGUCAAAUACAACAGAGUCCUGCUGUUUAAAAUCAUGAUGCAGUUCGUCAUCCUCGGUUGCACCUGGAUACUAGGUCUGUUAGCGUCCCACAGUCGCGUUCUAGAGGUUCUCUUCCUGUUCCUCACUUCACAGCAAGGAACCGCCAUCUUUGUGAUCCACUGCCUCCUCAACAUAGAGGUGUGGCGCCAGUACAGGGUGUGGUGGCAGAGGUUCCGUCCAUCUGGUAAACAAACGGACUCGAGUGCUGGAACCUCCAUCUCUCUGACCCAGCAGCCCAGCGGUGCCACCCUCUCCACCUCACACUCAGUCCUCUCGCCAGGGCCACAGCACAGCACAGUCUCAUGGGACAAGACAGACUAGGGUCCACACACACACACACACACACACACACACACACACACACACACACACACACUCCAGCACAAAUAUACACAAAAACAC